GUGGGCAUAAACAUUGUUUCCCACAGACGAGCAAGACCGGGAAAACCGGGCGAUUUCCCCAGAGUACAGUACGGAGCUGGAAGGAACAAUGGAACCCCGACAAUUCCUAGAAUGGUUCGAGGGGAACCAACGUCAACAGAAUCAGAUCCAGCAAGAGCGCCAGGCCCAGCAGGACCAGUGGCGGCAGACAGCAGAAAAGAGAUGGGGAACUGCCAUAGGAGGACCAGGAGGAGCCGGGGAAGGACCCAACCUCCUCCUACGCCUUAGCAAGUUGGGGCCCCAAGAUGACCCCGAAGCAUUCCUGACCACCUUCGAGAGGGUGGCGUCGGCAGCACACUGGCCACCGGAGCAGUGGGCCACCUUGUUGGCCCCCUAUUUGAGCGGACCCGCCCAACUGGCUUAUCGGAGCCUAGCAAUUCCAGACGCCCUGAACUAUGCCAAAGUGCGCGAAGCCAUAUUGGACCAAAUAGGGCACUCCCCCGAGACCUGUCGACAGAAGUUCCGGCAAGAAGGGUACAAGACCGGGGACAGACCAAGAGCGGUGGCCCAGCGGUUGCGGGAGUGGGCAAAUCGAUGGCUAGAACCGGAACAAAAGACCGGGGUUCAAGUCACGGAAAGGAUAGUCCUAGAACAGUUCCUACACAUACUGCCCCGGGACGGGCAGCGAUGGGUCCGAAGGAAUCAACCCUCGACCCUCCACGAGGUGGUGGCCCUGAUGGAGGCACACCUGCUGGCCGAGCAAGAAGAGAGCGGGGGCCGGCGAGAGGUACUACCAGGCCCGAAGGCUGGAGGGCCCCGGCCGUUGGGGAAACCCGAAGGGCGGGAACACCCCCCCGGGGAACGACGAGGACGCCAGAAGGUCCCUCGUUUAGCCCCGGUCUGGCCGCCCCAGCGGCCGGAGAGAACCGAAGAGGGAGAGCCACCGGAGCGGACCCUGAGGGAAGCACGACCAGGACCCCGGGGGCCCUGCUUCCAGUGCGGGAAGGAGGGCCAUUUUAAACGGGACUGCACCCUGAACCAGAGGGAACCAGCCGGGACCGCGGGGAAGAUGACAGGUACCGGGGACCGCGUCCUCCGGGAGAUGUUGGUGGAAGGGCGGCCAGUUACGGCCCUGGUCGACUCCGGGUUAUCCGUGACUCUCAUCAGGGCUGACCUCGUCCCCCAGAGUCAAUCGGAAGGAGAACCCAUCCGGAUGCGUUGCGUCCAUGGGGACGUCCGCGCCUACCCCACCGCCCAAGUGCACCUGACCGGUGGUGGCCAGGACUUACUAUGGAAAGUGGGGAAGGCCAGGGACCUGCCCUACCCCCUCCUUAUAGGACGAGACUGGCCCGGAUUCGGGGCCCUGCUGCAGAGCCGGACCCCACUAAUGCCCCAGGGACAAGCAGUGGAGUACCGGGGCCAGGGGCAGGACAGGGAGCCCCGCGGAGGAGCAAUCUGCCUGAAGGUAGGAAUGGAGCCAGACUUCCUAAUGGAGCAGAGGAUGGAUCCCUCCCUGCAAAAAGCAUGGGACCAAGCGACCGCGACCGGAGGGACGGAGCAAGGCCCAGACCGACCCGCCCAAGGCCCACAAUUCCAGAUGCCUCGGAGGUGGGACUCGGAGCGGUGCUAGCUCAAGAGGAACAGGGCGGGGAUCAGCCGGUCUUAUACCUAAGCCGAAAACUGUUACCAGCCGAACGGGCCUACGCCACGAUCGAGAAAGAAGCACUUGCGGUGAAAUGGGCAGUCGACACACUACGGUAUUACUUAUGGGGGAAUAAAUUUAAGUUGGUGACUGAUCACGCACCCUUAGUUUGGUUAAAUUCAAUGAAAGAAACAAAUGCGCGUAUAAUG